CUUGCCUUGGCACGUAACAACGUGGUUGCUCUGCCGCGUCGCAGCGACUGUUUCAGCCGGCCAAGGCAGAGCACGGAACGCCCCCGCCCCCCCGGUCUGCCGCCGCGGCACGCCACCACCACCGACCGGUUGCCCCGCCGCGAAGGAUCGCAUCGUCCUCCCUCGGAUUCGAAUCCCUUCUCCACCUCCGUCCGUCCCUCUCCUUUCCCCAACACUCGCACGCCUCCCUAUUUAAGCCACCCGUCGCCGACCUCCCCUCCCCUUCCCUUCCUCUCGCGCUCCUCCUCACCUCGCGCCCAAGUCGUCGGAGCCACGCAUUCCCUGCCCGCCCCCGCUGCCACCUGACGCCGGGGGGCCCGCGCGGCAGCGCAUCGACUAGAAGACGAGGCGCGCACGACCCGGGCCCGCGCGGGAGGUCUGGUGCUAAUAAACAGGACAUGGCGCGCCACGGCGGACACCUGCUGCUGCUCGUGAUGCUCCUCGCCGCCGUGGCCGUCGCCGUCGUCGCGGCGGAGAACGCGUCCGAGGAGGAGGCGGCGCAGAAGCUCCUGCCGCGCCCGCUCGUCAUCGAGCUGCCGACGUCGGCGCCGCGCGUGGCUGAGGGGGACGGCGACGUCGAGGGGUUGGAGGAGGUGCCGGUGGAGGCGCGGUGCGCGAGCUGGAGGCUGGCGGUGGAGGCUAACAACCUGGCGCCGUGGCGGGCCGUGCCGGUCGAGUGCGCGGCGCACGUGCGCGAGUACGUCACGGGGACCGCCUACCGCUACGACCUGGAGCUCGUGGCGCGGGAGUCCUCCGCCUACGCGCGCGGCGCGGCGCUCGGGGGCCACGGCCGCGACGCCUGGGUGUUCGACGUCGACGAGACGCUGCUCUCCAACCUCCCCUACUACGCCGAGCACGGAUACGGGCUCCAGCUGUUCGAUCACCACGCGUUUGACAUGUGGGUGGAGAAGGGGGAGGCGCCGGCGAUCCCCUCCAGCUUGAAGCUGUACAAGGAGGUUCGUGAGCUUGGGUUCAAGAUCUUCCUGCUCACGGGCCGAAGCGAGGGGCACAAGGGCGUCACGGUGGAGAACCUCAACAAACAAGGCUUUCAUGAUUGGGACAAGCUCAUACUCAGAGCAGCAGCUGACCGCAACAAAACAGCGACAACCUACAAAUCAGAAAAGAGGAAGGAAAUGGAAGCAGAAGGGUACAGGAUCCUAGGCAAUUCUGGCGAUCAAUGGAGCGAUCUGUUGGGCUCUUCCAUGAGCGUUCGCUCCUUCAAGCUUCCCAAUCCAAUGUAUUAUAUUCCAUGACAGAAACGAAAAACAGGGCGGAUGAAGGAUGCAGUGUUUCUUAGGUGCAUUCUUCUCCUGGCCCAAUUGAACUGAAUACCGACUGGUGCAAAAAAAGCUGAGAAUAAUCCGGCAAUGGAAUUUGAAACUGUACAAAAGCUUCACUAACUUAAUGUAGUAUACAUUACACCUGUAAGUUGGAAUGUAAUGGAUGAAAUGCGAAGAGUUACUGUAUGAAUAAAUGGUGGGUUCAGGGAUGUGUGCUCUCCAGAAGCCGAAAACUGAACGGUGAUGGAUAUGUUUUUAUAGGAGUCACCCCUGUUUUUGGUUG